AUGACAACCCAGCAUGAAGGCUUAUCACUGUACAUAACUGAUGAAAUAUCAAGAUUUUUCACCAUUUUAGGUUUGAUUAGUAUAGAAGAAUUGAAGGAAAAACUGAAGAAAUCAAGAAGCAAGAAAAGUCAAGAUGUUAGUUAUGAUGACUUGUUAAGAGCUAUAAAGAAGCUGAAAGCAUUGGGAAAUGGUUUUACUGUUAUUCCUGUAGGAGGAACUUACAUGAUCCAGUCUGUCCCUGGAGAACUUAGCAUGGAUCAUACAGCAGUUAUACAACAAGCUCAGAGUUCUGCACAUGUUACUAAGAGUAAACUCACUAAGGAUCUUAAAUGGGAAGAAGAGAGGGCAAAUAGAGCUUUGGUAAGCUUUUAA